AUGAAAUACGAAACGGCAAUAAGUAUCAGCGAGUUUGUCAAAUCUUUCCCUUAAAGAAAAUUAGUAAGGGAAUUCGAUUAUUUAUGUUAAAUAACUGAGACUAAGGAACAUGAAAAAAACUUCUGUUAGAAUGAAAAUAUUCAGCAUUUGAAUCGAUAUAUAGAUAUUUUACCAUAUAAACACACUAUUGUAUCAUGUAACAUAAAUGAGAAGUUUUACAUUAAUGCAAAUUAUAUUAGAGGAAUAGAUAAUGUUGAAAAGAAAUACAUUGCCACUUAGGGCCCAAUCCAAUAAAGUGUGAAUGAUUUUUGGCAUAUGAUUUGGACAAACGAGGUUGGGGUGAUAAUUAUGCUUUGUAAAUUAGUGGAUCAUAAUUUUAGUCAAUGUGAGAAAUACUGGCCAGAAAUAUCAGAUAAUUAUGGACCUUAUUAAGUAAAGUUACAAAAAAAAGAAGAGUUAAAAGGUGGACUGAUGUUGAAUGAACUAAUAAUUAAAUUUCAAGAAUAAGAAAAAUUAAUACAUCAUUAUUAAUGGAAUGGAUGGCCUGAUUUUGGAGUAGUUGAUAAAGACUCAUUUUUUCUUAUUGAUUUAUUAGCAAAUAUAGCUAAUCAAUCAAUCUUGGAAAAUAAAAAAACAGUGAUACAUUGUAGUGCUGGAAUCGGUAGGACUGGAACUUUAUUGUCAAUUUGUUAUAUUAAAUAAUUGUUAAAUUAGAAAGAAGAAAAGAUAUCGAUUUUUAGCAUUGUUCGAAGGUUACGUGAAUAAAGAGCCUAUAUGGUUUAGACUGAAGAGCAAUACGAAAUGGUUUAUCGUUUUACAUUGUGGCUAAUAUAGAAUUUGAAAUAUAAUUGA